AUGAGUCACGCUUCAAGUGCCCCUCCUUCAAGACCGUCUUCUCCCGCUCCUCUAUACCGUAGAUCAUCCGCAAGAAUAGCGUGUGUGCAGUAUGAUGUCAAGCUUGGACGCGUGCAAGAGAAUUCAGCCAAAGUGGAAAGCCUGACUCAACACCUUCAACCUGGCUCGAUAGAUCUAUUGGUAUUACCCGAAAUGUGUUUAUCCGGAUAUAUAUUCAAUAACCCAACAUCAAUCUUACCAUAUCUUGAACCACAAAGAAUUGGACCUACUUCACUUUUAGCUAGAUCACUAGCACAGAGGUUGAAAUGUCAUGUGAUAGCUGGAUAUCCCGAGGCUCUACCCUCAGCACCACAACCAUUUAGGUCUAGCUCAUCAUCAUCUAAGAGACUGAAUUUGAUGUCGGAAGGAAACGCGGGUCCGGAUGAGAUGAAACAAUUGGAUGGGGAAGGUACGGGUGUAGGACAUAAUUCAGCACUGGUCGUAGGUCCUACAGGCGAAGUCAUCGGAAAUUACAGGAAGACAUUUAGAUUCGAAACGGACAAGAAUUGGGCAAGAGAAGGAGACGGAUUCAUGCAUUUUGAUCUUCCAGAUCCACUAGGUCGAGUAGCCGUAGGGAUCUGUAUGGACAUGAACCCUAAAGAUUUCAUUGCCCCAUGGGACGCAUUUGAAUUAGCUAAUUACUGUCGUGAUAAUUCCGUCGAUAUGCUCGUCGUCCCAAUGAAUUGGCUUAGUCCCCCUGCUGAACCUCCAAAUGAAACACCAGAAGAAGAUCCCCAAUCUCCUUCUGAAUCAAACCUGAAUUAUUGGGCAGCAAGAUUACAACCACUUCAUGAUCCGGUACCUGGCUACACCACACCCCGAGGAGAGGUUUCAGAUCCGCUCGAAGGGAAAGAAGUCAUUUUCGUAGCUUGUAAUCGCAUAGGAACAGAGGAAGGUACGAAAUUCGUAGGAACAAGCAGUGUUAUGACCAUCUCGUCAAAUCCAUCUAGAAUAGAAUUAGUGGAAUGUUGUAAUAUCUCAGAAGAACGCGUUAUGAUUGCAACAGUGACAUGA